AUGCUGAGCGAACGAGAGGGCACCCUGGCCACCUCCCUAGAGGGGUCGGGUCCUCAGGUUCUGGCACGGUCUUUGCUUCAGCCGUUGCCUGAGUGGAUCCCUACUGACGAUUUGUGCAUUAAGGAUGACGACUUGGCCGAUGAGUUCAUCAUGGCCCUCCAGCGAGUUUUGCCCGAGAAACGGCUGCAUCAUCAAGUGAUGGUGGACGACAGUGACACUGAGAUAGAAGGCCGACCUCCACCUGAGGCCUCGCAUGCUCGCAAUGCUGUCAAAUGGCGGCGUUUGGCUCGUAGACGUGGUGUUCGAAAGCCUCGUAGUGUAACAUUGCACCCUGGACGUGUACGUACAAGGACAGCUGGUGAUGUUACUGAUACAGAGUCGAUGCCACCACAUGCACGUAGAGGGAAGAAGAAAGCCUUUGAUCCUACUGCUGCCUUUGGGUAUCCUAUCGCUAAGCGUGAUCGGAUACCAGCUGCUGUCCAUUACCAAGUUAUGGAUUUCGUAUAG